CUGUUCCACGCCUUCUUGGAUCCAGUCCAUGGCCUUCAGCGAUGCCGGCACGCCUGAGCACUGCAGUUGCUCAUUUCGACAAAAAUGACCCAACCAACGGAUAAUUCUUUCCAACCUCAACCACAAAGUGGGCAGGGCCUACACACCCAGGAAAGUGGAGAUGCUGGCCUCUCUUCCAAUAUGAAGCACAGGUUCAGUGAUAAUUACUAUGAAAAUACUUUGCCUGUGACAGCAAAAGGCUGCUUCGUGACGCCCAUUCCUAAGGGGGAACUGAACAUCAUUUAUCGCCCUGCAAUGGGGGGAAAGAUCUGGUCACGCCCAUUGAUGUUUGAGUAUGCUGCUGGUCCAAAGUCACACGAUGUGUCUGCUGAGGAAGGAUUCAUUAAACCGCCCACUCUAGCAAAAGCAGAGUCAGAGAGCAGCCCAAAAGAGGCAACUGUCAAGGUUUCAACCAGAACAACGGCCAUUUUAGAGGGGCAGACAGAUGUAGAAGUAGCAGGGAAAGAAAGCUGCAUCAAGAUGGAUGCCAGAGGAAACCCAGCAAAACCAAAAGGUCCACCACUGGUUCCUGGAGACAGGAGAAGCAAUAACCAUCAAAGGAAAAGAGCUGCCAGGAACUACAAGAAAUUGUUCCUUCUAGUAUGUUUGAUGGCACUGCUCCCUGUCUCUGAGGGCUUUCCUGGUGCUCAACCUGCAACAGACAAAAAACCUAGGUGUUUUACCUGCAUGGACAAGGCAAGAUGUCCAAAGUUGAUGACCAUAUAUGAGAGUGAUCGCAACAAAAUUUUGUUCAGAAGAGACCUCAAUCAGACAUUGCCAGAUUGCUCUGCAAUCUCUCCACCUGGUCCUCAGAGAUGUGAUGUGUGCUUGAACCAUCACAAUACCACCAUCUUCUGCUCAGAGGACAUCAGCAAAUUUGAUGUGGAAGAUAAUGACGGAGGACAAAUUGUGGACAUCUCUCCAGACUGUGGGGUGAAGUCAGGUGCACAGAAGAAUGGCUGUGCACAUGUUGGAUCCUCUGUGAGCACUGCCCUCUUUUUGAUUGUGGUGGUAGCACUUGCGAUCUAAAUCACUGCCAGGAAACAUAAGAGGACUGAAAGUGAUCAGCUGUGAAGAACACUGAAGAAGAAAGACAGCAGUGUUUCAUCCAAUAAUUCCUAUCUUUAGUUGUCAUAGAUGCCUUGAAGAAAAUUGAUGUGUAGUGUAGUUAUCUAUUGACUGUUUUCUUGAUUAUCAAAUUAAUCUUUCAGCCUAUAUAAUGUCCAAAAAUGCUGUCAUCAAAUUGCUUGUUUUUUCCAGUCAACAUGAAAAAAAAUUGUGACGAAAAAGCGAAAAGAAGUAAAUCUUUAUGACUUAGAGGCUGGAAAUAGAGAGCUUUUGGCCUAUUUGUCUAGUUAAUAAUGCUUAAUAGGCCAUUAAAAUAGCUGCAGAUUAUUUCUCUGUCAAUCAACUAAUCGCUUAUGUAGUGAAUCAGCAUUCAGUUCUUGAUAGCUGACAAUAAUGUUAGAAGUUUUUAGCUGUUAGCAAAAUUAUGUAUAUGUGUACUUGCUCUUAAUUAAAAAAAAUAUUGCUUUAAA